GUCUUAUGAAACCUAACAAUCCUCACGCUCGUUGAAAUCACACACAAAAAGUCGUUCGCUCAGAUCCAAAGGGGUUGAGACCAGAAGACAAAUUACCGCAAACAACUCACUUGAUCAUCUUAUCGACAGGAAGAUGGUGUCUUUUAAAGUCGACGGAACCCCGGUGGACGAUCCGCCGUUCAAAGGCCCGAGACCGGCCCCACAGUCGGGACCCUCUACGGCCUGGUCCGGCCCACCGGGCAAGGCCAGUAUUCUCACCCGCCAAUUCGCCGCCCUCCCCCUCAUUGCACUUCUCUACACCGCCGCCGUACCAUUCACGCCGGUGGUAUGGGUCCUCAACAUUGACGGAAGCUCCCUCUUCGACCGCCUCUUCGCUGGCAUCAUCAUGCUGUCGGCCUGUUACUUCCAGUGGCGCAUCGCGGGGCUGACCUCGCCUCUCGCCGUCUUUCUUCCCGGCCCCAGCAACACGACCAUUCGCAACGGACGUAUAGAAACUGGUUCGAGUAUGGGAUUUGUGUGGCACCCUAGCAACUACUGGCCCUAUGUCAUCUGUGAGGCGAUGCUCCUGGGCGUUGCCGAGUUUGGCGGAAACGAGUUGGUGAGACGAGGCAUCGUUUGCGGCAUCAUUGCUGGAUUGUGGCUGGUUGGGUAUCACGCAACUCCCGAGUCUACUAGACGGUGGGCUUAUGAGAAUGUCAAGGGUUGGCUCUUCUGGAUGGUUUUGGAUGAGAUGAUGCGUAUUGGGGGUAGGAGUUACAGCGGACGUCGGCGGAGAUGAGCAACGCUUCCCAUCUCAAGUACCAUCAGUCGCCUGUCAACUUAUGGAGUAUAAUUCUCUGUACAUCAUUUACCGCGAGA